AUGGAAACUAACCGCGUUCGAAAGCCACGCCAAGGCCAUCGCAAGUCUCGAAAUGGCUGUGCAGUAUGCAAGAAACGCCACAUCAAAUGCGAUGAGCGCCGCCCUGUAUGCGGAAACUGCGAAAUAUCCGAGAGAGAGUGCUACUAUGUUGCCCCAAGGCGGGCAAAGGUCGGCUCUAACCCGUACGAAAUGGAGCUCACCACUUCGGCAUGGCUUCAGACUGCGGCGACGUCGAGGGACUCGGAGUCUCCAGCGUCGCCGGAUCUACACGACAUCGAAUCUGACGAGCUCUUUACCUUUGAACAUUUGAAGCUUCUCUACAAUAUUCAGGAGCACAUGAUGGAUUGGAUGAUGGUGACUGAUUCUUUGAAGCCCCUAGCCAAUGGCUACGUCACAGCUGCUUUAGAAACACCAUACCUCAUGAACCAACUCCUUGCCCUGUCUGCAAUGCAUCUCAGCACCGCCAAUCCCGAGUCGUCAGCCCAUUACACGCAAACAGCCAGCAAUCUACGGCAUCGAGCGCUACGAGGCUUCAACAAGGCGCUCAACGAUACCUCGCAAGGAAACGCGACGUCGCAAUUCUUCUUUGCUUCGCUCCUGGCACUGCACUACUUUGCCGAAACAAUAACGGCUGCUCCCAAUCAAGACUUCUCCACGACCCUCCAGCAUGUGUUGGAAUACUUUCGUCUCCAUCGUGGAGCUCGAGUUCUUAGCGAUAGGGCACGUUCAACGUUCGUGAGCUCAUCAGUCAUGGGAUGGCUUGUGGCCGCAGUGAAGGAAAGCAAAGAAGGAUCACACAGGCCAUCCGAAUCCUGCUCUCUUUUGGAAACAAUGCUCCAGGCGUCAGACCUGAAUGAAGAAUCGCUUCAAGCUUGCCAAGGAGCGAGGGAAGCUCUUGACUUAGUGUAUGGAUGGCUCCAAGGCCCCAACGGUUGGGGGGUGCACGCUCUCCUAGGCUGGUCGAAUCUGAUCCCGCUGCGGUUUCUCAGUCUGUUGGAGAAGCAGACCCCCGAGGCUCUUGUUAUUCUUGCGCAUUAUGCCGUUUUGAUGCAUCGUUUUCGAGCGUUCUGGUGCUUGGGAGAUGUGGGAAAACGGCUGGUAAAUGGGAUCUCUGGUCUUCUCGCCACGUACUGGGUGGACUGGCUUCCCACGAUUGAUGACGAAUGA